GUUAGUGUUUACACGAAGUUUUGCGCUGCAGUUCCCAACGUGAUCUCAUUUUUCCUCCAUUUUUUAUAGCGCCCAAAUAGAGUGCCGGAGGACAGCUAAGUGCCUCGAUGCUGUCCCGUCGAUCAUAGCAAUUUCGACGUCGAUUCGUCGUCCAUCCUUCGCCCUCCGAGUGUUCUUUCGCCCGUCCCUUGUCCCUCCAUUAGCCCCCUGAGAGGCCGAGGGACCCUAAAUAUCCCGAGAUAAAUGAGCUUCCGGAUUCUUGCCCGUCCUGCCGGGAUGAGAGCGCGAGGACGGUCGAGCGAGAAGUGAGGACUCCGCAGAGACCACCUGGUCAAAUUAUCCCUUCAGGUGAGAUUCCCGGAGAUGUCAGCCUUCGGCAAAGGUGAGAACGAGGUCCUUGCGAGGCGCCGCCGACGUUCCUGGGAUUCCUGAUGGUGACGCCCAUCGAACUGGGCUAGAAGAAUCCAAGUCCUGCUGUGAGCCGAGUGCCUUAUGGAUGGGUGUUAAGUUUACCCAUGCCUGUUCCAUGCGCUGUUGUAUCGUGAAAUAAAUUAGUUUUUAUAUUUUUGAUGAUAUAAGAUUGACUUAGCGAAUGACAACAGAUGUAGUUUAACUUAUCCUACGACUAACGGUGACAUAGAUUAUUUUCAUACAAAUUAAUGAGAUAUAUGAAUACAUAGCGUCCUUCAGGCAUCAGCCCUUAAACCGUCCGUUACCAACUUUUGAAAAACCUCGUUUGGAGGCGCUGAUUUUCAUCAGAAUAUUAAAUAACACCGAUAAAAUGCCCGACUUCCUUUGAUUAUCAUUCGUUGUCCAUUCUUAUUCUCCUCUUUAUCGUUGUUAUCAUCAUCAUCAACAUUUCGAGAGAGUACCUGAUGGAAUUCUACAACAUCGAACCAAAGACGUCCAUUGGGAGUUUCGACGGGGAUCCGGAGAGUUGAAAUCACCAGAAACCGCUCCUCGCGUGGAUGAACCUUUUGUCGGCUCGAAGCGUUUGCAUUACUUCAACGCUAAGCAACUAAAAAACGAAAUCUCGACGAGUGAUCGAUCUAUAAUUCUCUCUGUUGUUUCAGCUACGCACAAUUUCCCGCUGAAAGUGUAAAUUCGUCCUGAGAAGGCUCAGCCACCUACACCUUGUGGCUCCUACGAAGGCUCGUGUGUGCUUCUGACUAUGACUCAUUCAGCUACUAAAGGAGAAAUUAAUUCAUGCCGCCGAUCGAGCCUUUUGACACCCAGUGAAGUGGAUACCUUUGCGUUCUGUUUCAUAGAAUGAAGUUCUCUAUCUAGUGUUUGUAAAUGAUUAAACUGCCCAUCGCGCGAAUUUCAAUAAUAUUCCAAGUGCCACCGUCAUUUCUAUGUUAGGUGUCGUUAGGACGUCAUGUCGAUUGAAACUAAAGUCCUCCGGCAUCCGAAAUAAUUAAGUAGUGCGGUUUUUUGACCCCGUAAACCUGUCUCAUAGCGGAGGACUACUUGAGGCAACUGACAUGUACUGUUAAGAUACUUCCACAAGGACCUUCAGACCCAGAACUCGAUCUCUUAUCACCUGCUUCAUAAUACACCCUUACCGGUACCAACACGUGUUCGAGUGCCCACGAAAACUAGGUACUUUUCAGUAUCCAGGAUCCGGUACCCCUGAGGAUUCGGGUACCUUAGAGGGAUCCGGGCAUCUCAAGGAACCUAGGUGGCCCCUAGGAUCAAAAUAUCUCGUAAGCGAAGAAAAUAAAAACAUCAGAAGUGGCGGACUAUUCCAAUAUGGCGGUCUCCGCCGGAGCCCUAGGACUCUCCCAGAUGAGACCGAUCUUCUCAGGAUACCCAUUCCAAGGUCAAGGCCGCGUGAACCAGCUAGGGGGCGUGUUCAUCAACGGGCGGCCUCUGCCGAACCACAUCCGCCUGAAGAUUGUCGAGAUGGCGGCGGCGGGCGUGCGCCCCUGCGUCAUCUCCCGCCAGCUGCGGGUGUCCCACGGCUGCGUCUCCAAGAUCCUCAACCGCUACCAGGAGACGGGAUCCAUCCGGCCGGGCGUCAUCGGGGGAUCCAAACCCAAGAUCACGACGCCCGACGUCGAGAAGAGGAUCGAUGAGUACAAGAAGGAGAAUCCGGGCGUCUUCUCUUGGGAGAUCAGGGAUAGAUUGGUCAAGGAGGGCAUCGUAGACAAAGCCUCGGCGCCCUCUGUGAGUUCGAUCAGCCGCAUCCUCCGAGGGGGAAAGAGAGACGACGACCCUCGGAAGGAUCACAGCAUUGACGGAAUCCUCGAUGGUGACCGAGGCGUGUUGAACUUUCCUGCAGGGGGAGGCAGCAUCUCCGACAGCGACACGGAGAGCGAGCCGGGCAUCCCCAUCAAGAGGAAGCAGCGGAGGGCGCGCACCACCUUCACCGCCGACCAGCUGGAAGAGCUGGAGAGGGCCUUCGAGAGGACCCAGUACCCGGACGUCUACACCAGGGAGGAACUGGCCCAGAGGACGAAGCUCACUGAGGCCAGGGUUCAGGUGUGGUUCAGCAACCGACGGGCGCGCUGGCGGAAGCAGAUGACCGGCCAGGGCAUGGGAGUGACAGCCCUGAACGCCCUCGCCAUGACGACAACCACCUAUCCCGGUUCCCUACCGCCCACUCUCCACCCACCCGUCACAGCUCCGGCACCCAUCACCUCGGCGACGACUACACCCUCUACGACGAUGGGCGCCUCCGCCCAUCAUUACGCUGCUCAUCACGAACACGCCCACGCGGCUGCAGCCGCUGCUGUAGCUCACCAGACGCACGGCGAUGCCAGUGCUUGGUCCCGAGCGGCCCUCAUGAACCAGCAAGUGGCCUCGGCAGGCGGGAGCAGCGGCGGGGGUGGCACCGGUUCUGGCACCGGUAUGUCGGACGGAACCCUCCAGGCCAACCUGCAGUCACAGACGAACCUCCAGACGCAGAUGAUGUCUAUGCUGUCGUCCAACAACAACGCCUCCUCAAUAUUCCCUCCGGGGUCGCACAGUUCAUUACUACAGACAGGUGGCGCCGGCACUGGUUCGGCAGGCUUGCUCGGCAGCCACGGGUCGUCCGCCACGGAUUACUCCACGGCCAAUGGCCUGACCUCCUCCUCUGCCGGGCAUCACGCCGACGCCGCCUCUUGGACGCCCGCCCUCCACUCGAAGGGCGCCGAUUCCUGGGCUUCCCAUCACCACACCCAUCAUAUUCCCUACGACAACUACAGCACCGUCAUGGGCGGAGGAGAGAUGCUGAUGAGCGGCCAGCACUUCCCGAUGGAGAUGAAGAGCGCUGCGGCAGCUGCGGCCUUCCACUACCCGACGCAGUACAGCGCCGCAGCAGCUGCGGCUAAUUUCAAUCAGCAGCUGAGACACCACAAGGGAGCACCACUCCCGCUUUUCUGAGGCGAACGACAUCUCCCGUAGUUUCCCCUUCAUUCUUCUUCUAGUUCUGUCAUGGAGGGAAUCCGAGGACUCGUUUUUUUAGGAGACAGACGACGACUUCAGACGCAGGCAGCGCCUCUCCCUCAUCUCUGAGGAAAAGAACUUUCUGCCGAGUUUCACAUGGACUUUUCUUCUCGUUUUGUCGUAGAGGAAACCCCAGGACACACUUCAGGAGACAGACGACAUUUCCAGCUAGCAGCUGGGACAUCAAAGGAAAGCACCUCUCGUUUUCAGAGAUGCCAGAAGAAAGGAUAUCAGUAGUUUCCGCCGCAAUCUUCUUCUAGUUCUGUCUGAAAGGAAAGCUGGAAAACUUAUUUUAGGAUGCAGACGACAAAGUUUGAAUGGAGCACAUGUUUGUGAUUGGUUGAUUUUUACUUGCUUGUGUUGUGCUUGUGUACUGGAGUGUUUACACUACAGUUACCGUUUGAUGGAAUCACACGUUUUUGCGCAACUCUAGUAUUCACUUUCAUAUUCCUAAAAGCAGACAGAACGUCACCAGAGCAAAGCAUUUUCUGCAGAUUCAGUCUCCAAGCAUUAUGAAUGGAUAUCUUUCAUCAUUCAAAAAAUAUAUAUUACGAAGAAUAAGGUUAUAACAAUGACCGGAAGCCAGUAAUGUGAUGAAAGAAUAGAAGUGACAGGUUGGUCAAAAGUUUGUCAUUCGGAGGACUGAGGAGGAAGAAAGAAAGAAAGAGAGGAAGACCUAGAGAAUGCCUAGUCAUGGUGAGGCAUAGAUGUUACUAGCAAGGGGCCUUAAUAUUCAGGUAGUGAGUGACUAAGUGCCUUAACCGGGAUGUGCUUCCUCUGCCUUAGCGUCUGAAACCACGUGGUGUUGCGGUAGUCACAUGACGUUUGGUGAUAAGCACCAGUGAUAUUGGACACUUGAUUUAGAUCAGUAUUGAUGAGAAGAGACUUGAUAUAACAUCAGCCAGGUCCUUAUCGCGUGAGCGAAAGAUAUCGGCGAGAACUAUCGCUGUACAAUAAAAGUAAAAAGACUUAUUUCCUUCAAAUUAUGCCAUUUUCUCGUGAUCUGAAAUUUCUCUAUCAUUAAUUUGUAAGGUUUCGGGAAAGAAACGUCCUUUCAAAAUAAGAUCUGGUCGCUGUCGUCUUAGUCAAACAUGUUUGUUCAUCAUCUGGAGGUGGUUUACCUUGACAGUGAACACCUUCGCAUUCCAAAAUCGAAGCUUGAACAGGAUGUUUAAUUCGUGCUUAGGUAAAAAUCAAGUUCAUAAUAUCUUAAUAAUAUCUACAACACAGGUUACAUUUUAUAAUUCCUUACAGUUCAGUACCAUGUAUAUAAACUCUGUAAAUUCACCAAGAAUUAUAAUUAUACUUCCUUAUAGGCCUCUGCCUUAAGUUCUGUAAAUCUCUAGGUUGUAAGGAGUUUGCUUUAAAAUUUACGCAUUACAUGUUAUUCACUCUGCCGUCUUGAGGAAUAUGCCAAACUUUUGACGCGUAGCAGAAACUGGAAUAUUCCGGUAUGCUAUAUCUUGUUUAGAUCUGCAGUAGGUCUAAUGCCCCACUUCGAAUCGAUUUAAAUCAUCUCUGUACAUUUUUAUCUUAAUUUUUUUCCACGUUAAUCUCCCCGUGUUCCUUUUAGUUAAGAUGAGAAUCACCUUUUAGAGUGAGCUUUUUAACCAAUACAUAACUUGCUUAAUUAUCAUGUAAACUGAAAAAAAAAGUUCCUCCGUAGGUAAGUGAAGUCGCUUUGAACAAUUGGUCUGACAUGGUAAUACUGGUAAUACUGUCUGCUCAGGGGAAUUACAAUUACAAAACUAUUUGUGGAAUGAUGGUGACAUUUGUGUCUGUUUGAAACAUGCCUUAUGUUCACUUAAAAGAUGUCAAAUUUUAGAUCUUCCAUAUUAAACAGUUUCCCCACUGAGCAGUCUCUAGAGGCAGACACUUCUGAGUGAGUGUGUACGCAGCAGACAGUAGUUCAUGACUGCACGAAUAACUGUAAAUGAAAUACGUAGUCACCUGCUAUACAGUUACAGGGGAAGUAUCUUCCUAACUAAGAUAUUUGAUAUAUAACGGGCCUCAUUCAUGUAUUCUUACAGAUACUGUAGCUAAUGAAAUUUCUGCAACAAGAGUGCCUUACUGCAUGUCCAUUUCGGUGCCAGAAUUAAGGCACCCCUGUGCCCUUUAUACAGUUAAAAAAAAAAAGGUUGAAAAUGUGUUUUGCUGAAGUCUGCUUCAUGAGUAAUAUUUUUAAAGAAUAAGGACUCAUAACUAUAAUAGUUUUGAUGUGUUUAUUUUAAUAUAUUGACAUCUUGAGUGCCCUUAAAACUAUUUUUGCUACUGAAGAAGUAAUUUAUCAUGACAGUCUAGGUAUUUUCGAAUCUCUCCUUCUCAUCACAUAUCAUUCUUUGCCUUCAUUCUUUUGUAAAAAAGAUAUUUCUCCCUAGUAGUUAAGUUAUUUGCUUUUACACGCACAGUAGUUGUAUGUUUUAGUGUUGUUAAUACAUGCAAUAAAUUUAAUCUUAUA